AUGGAGCCUGUAGGCAUGCUACAGGUCUAUGAGCAAUUGAACUACCAGGACAUCACUGUGGAUCGGUGGCAUGACCCCUCUCCACCAAUAGAAACGGUCGAAAAGAACGGCACAGAAGCCAGAGAAGCCGAACGCCCACGCCAGAUAGGCACUGUGGCGUACACGUUUGGAAUCCAGACUGCUUUAG